AUGCCUGGGAGAUUCUGGGGAGAGGCAGUAAUGACGGCCGUUUAUCUCCUCAAUCGGUCACCAACCCGAAGCCUCGACGGGAAGACGCCAUAUGAGGCCUGGGGGCGAGCUCACGUGUCUCGCGACGUCGUCUUCGACGAAAGCACCUUCUGGCAGUGGAAUGACGUGAUCGAGGCAGACCAUAAUCCAAAUCAAUUCACGGUGGAGUACCUCGUCACCGAGCCGGAAGAAGGAGCCCAGCAUCAGGAGCCGUCACCGCCGCCAGCAGGUGCACCCCCUGAACCAGUGGAAUUCGCAACACCACGGACUGCGAAUUCGACGCUGGAUGCCGAUCACGAUACUUAUCUGGAGGCCAGGUACCGGAGGAUUGAUGACCUAGUGGGAGGAGGUGAACCACCUGGACUGGCAGCGCGCGAGCUCAAAGAAGUGGCCGAACUACAUGCCAUCAGUGCAGAUGAACCGAACACCUUCGCUGAAGCUGAAAAGAACCCGUGCUGGCUGAAGCGCAACAAAAAAAGAGAAGUUGUGAAGUACAAGGCCCGUCUGGUGGUGAAGGGCUAUGUCCAGAAGCUAGGAGUUGACUUCGAAGAGGUAUUUGCGCCAGUGGUAAGGUUAGAAUCCGUUCGUUUCUUGCUGUCAAUUGCGGCACAUUACUCUUGGGAGGUUCACCAUAUGGACGUAAAGUCUGCUUUCCUUAACGAAGAGCUGAAGGAGACCGUCUAUGUCCGACAACCACCUGGCUUCCUGGACAACGACAACCAGAAUAAGGUACUGCGCCUGCACAAGGCACUUUACGGGCUUCGACAAGCCCCACUAGCCUGGAACGCGAAGCUCGACAGUACCUUACUGUCAUNGUCUAUGUCCGACAACCACCUGGCUUCCUGGACAACGACAACCAGAAUAAG